AGCUUGACCCUGGUUCUGAAGAGCCUCUGGCAGAUAUGGGACACUGCCUGAUUUGCGUUCUGCAAAGUUAACAAGUUAACUGCGUGUUUUUUCUGUACAGCGCAAGUCUAAUGACAAGGGUAACAAUGCAUUUCAGAGUUUUCAUUUUUAUGGCUGGAGCUGUGUUCUUCCACUAUCAGGUCCUUGCAGGAAAUAUCUACAUUGCGGAGCUGAUGGUGGAGACUAACACCACUGUGGAGGCCGAGACGAUCCUGUCGAUUCUGAGUUCAACAAGCGACCUCCAAGUGAAUGAUGCUGAUGGAGCUCCCCACACAGUGACCCUCACAAGCACCGAGUUGGUGGCAGAGUGCCUGAUAAUUGGCAUCUUCUCCGAGUGCAACUGCUCCACCGGCUACAUUUGGAACAACCCAACAUGCGAAAAUUACAACUGCUGUCGUGAUACGCCGUGCAAAGCAAAUGUUUCCCACCUCACUCCGCUCUGCAUCGCCAAGGUCACAGUUCUGAUCAAUGGCUCAGUGGAGCUUCAGACCACCUGGGAUGCUGCCAGCACUGACAAGCUUGUACAGGCAUUUGAACCGCUGAAUGGUCUGGAGUAUGUGAACCUAACCGGUUACAGAUCCACCACCACUGCUGAAUUUGAGGUAGCUGUCAGUGCCAAAUUCCCCACCACUAAACUUCAAAAAAUAGUGGAUGGACUGAAAGAAAGUCUCCAAGCAGCAAUCAAAGUCGACACAGUAGGAAUGGUCACCAUGGAGGCUCCCAACUCUACAGUGUGCUACUUGUCCGAGCCGGAACUGACAUGCACCUUUGAUGAGGACGUGAUGAGCCGAGGCUGGAGCUUCAAAAAGCCAAAUGAAUUUUUCCAGCUCAAAGACGGCAGUGUGGUGCAGCUGAUUCCCAAUUGUGACACACUGGAUCACAAGUCUUGUACUGCUGUAAAACUUCGGAGCGUGACCAGCAGCUGGGCAGGCUUAUACCAGUGUGAGUUUUACAGCGGCUCCAUCGUGCACAUGGCCAAGUACGAGCUGAAGGUGGCUCAGCUGCCUGAUGUUAUCAUCUUGAAAUCCGACCCUCUGACUGUGCAGUGCAAAGACACUUCUAAAAUGGAUGCAAAGAUCAUCGCCACCAUCCCUAAAACCACACAGCACUAUGAAGUGUGGUGGAGUCUCAACGGUGACGGAGUAUUCCCUCUACAGAACGAAACUGAUGACGAACUGCUGGUCUACACCUUUACCGCCCCCGUCAGCUGUGUGAAAGUCCCUGAUGCACAAUAUGUGAAUAUCACUUUUGAAAACAUGAAGGGACAAACGAAAACUGCAAAACUGGAUAUCCCAGUGAUCUAUGCUGGAAAAGGAUUUUGUGACCAAGAAGUGUUGAAUGGAGAUGUGUGGCCCGUAACUCCAGCAGGUCAGACACUGAUUAAUCGAACGUGUCCAGAGGGCAGGACUGGAUAUAGGUCACGUACUUGUGAUAUGAAUCGUGUAUGGCAAGAAGUGUUCCCCAGCUGCGUUAGUGAAGAGCUGGUGAAAGUUGUGACGGCAGCAGAUAAUUUCCUGAAGGGAAUGGGAGCUACGUCGGAGGUGGCCCAGUCCAUAUUUGAAGGCCUUAAGAACAGCUCUACGAUCGACCCGGAUUCCAGCGACAGCACAGCUGACAUUGCUGCUUCUAUCAACGUUCUCGAUACAAUGUCCAAGGCAUCCAAAAACAAUGCUUUGCAAGAGGACAUCUUCCCUACUUUUGUUGAGGCAGCAAGCAAUUUGCUGAACGACAGCUGGAGCAGGGUAAACGAUUCAAUCCGUCACAACAUGUCAUCAAAUUACCUCUUAGCCGUAGAGGAUCUAGUGAAGAACAUCGAGACCAAUGGGACCAAAGAAUUCAUCAGUGAGAACUUAGACGUCAAAUUCUGCACAAGCGAUGACUGUAAUAUGUCCGUGUUUGACAUCGGCGUGGAUCUGGAAAAGUCCAGCGGAAUACUGAAAACUGUGGCUGUGAAAAAUCUUGUGGAGAAACUGAAAAACAACUUCAAGGAAACACAGCGUACCGACCUUAUAUUAUCCGCCACGCUGGAAAACAGCAAUAAUUCAGAGAUAAAAAUUAAGAUGGACUUUCCGGUAAAGAAUGAAGGGCCAAAAAGAAGAUUUCACUGUGUCUUCUGGGACGUCAAGAAGCACGAGUGGUCAGAAAAAGGAUGCCUUGUCAGCUCUAGUGAUCGUGGCCAAAUAUUGUGUACGUGCAACCACCUGACGGCAUUUUCUGUCCUCAUGGCCAAGGGCGAUAUAUCUUCUGAAGCCCUGGACAUGAUUACCAAUGUGGGCCUUGCUGUGUCCAUUUUCUCCUUGUUGCUCUUUCUCACCAUUGAGUUUGUCGUGUGGUCGGCUGUGGUCAAGUCCAACCUUUCGCAUUUCCGUCACACAGCUAUAGUGAACAUCGCCGUCUUCCUUUUACUUGCCAAUUGCAGUUUUCUGGCUUCGAGCUCUCCUGAGAGUCUCUCUGACACCACGUGCUUUGUUUUGACCGUGUGCAAGCACUUGUUUUUCUUGGCGAUGUUCACCUGGAUGCUGUGCAUGAGUGUCAUGCUCGUCCACCAGCUCAUUUUUGUCUUCAGCCCGCUGAGGAAGCGAGUCUUCAUGUUCCUCUCCAGCAUCUUGGGCUACGUUGUCCCAAUCCUGAUUGUGGGAUCCAGCUAUGUUUAUUGCAAAUACACCUUCAAGGACUACUAUAACAGGAAAACAUGCUGGCUAGUGUUUGAGAGACUCUUGGAGGGAUCCAUGCAUGCUUUCCUUAUCCCUGUGGGAUGCAUUGUGUUGACGAAUCUCUUCUCCAUGGUGGUCGUCAUCGUUACCCUAGUAAGGUCCUCGGCUACUGACAGCAGCAAGGCGGACGACAAGGACACAGCCAAAGGCAUCCUCAAAGUGGUGCUCGUUCUAACGCCAAUCUUUGGAGUGACGUGGAUUAUUGGCUUCUUUCAGCUGAUGUUGGACGAAACUGACCCCAUGUAUAUGGUGGCUAUCUACAGUUUCACCAUUCUCAAUUCCUUCCAGGGCCUUUUCCUUUUGAUAACUGGCUGUUUUGCAGAGCAGAAGGUCAGAGAAGAGUUCAUAAAGGUCAUCACUGGAAAAUCAAAGGGAGGCGACACCUCGAAGAAUCUGACUUCGACUACGUACACAAAAGACAAAUGAAGAGGCAGACUGUGGAGACGGAAACGGCGGCUCACACGUGUGCAGCUCCACAUGCAUCCUAGAAGAAAACACAUCUCAGAGUUUGCUUUGUCUUAGCUUAUAGUUCUUACAGUUGCAGAGGUGUAGACAGUUGUAGUAAAACCAAGUAAAAUGUUGACUAGAGGUUAGGAAAUAUAGAGGACAUUACAUUUACACACAUUAACUGACAGCACAUUUAAAUGCCAAUUAUUUUCUUAGUGAUAGAGUAGAGGCUGAUUUUUUUUGCCCCCAUUUAUAUGUAAGUUGAAUUGCAGUUAGUGUCACUGUAUAGCUUUAGGGAGAGACUAUAUAUAAUAAUCUCUGGGGGGAAAAAAACUACUUAAUUAGAUGUUGCAGAUUCUGUACACCAAGAGUUUAGUGCUGACUGUACAUAGAAUGAAAUCCGUUUUAAUAUGCUUUGUUUGAUAUGUUUCUUUACAGGCUGUAAAUUUACACUGUUUGACGUGAACCAUAACCUGCAUGUGUCUGUAUGAGCAUCUGUAUGUAUCUUAAAUACGUAGCCGACUGAAAUAAAGAAAUACAAAGCCUUUUA